CUUUUGUAAGGGUUCUAGAACAGUUCUUGUGCUGUAACGAAUUCCUUGGGUCUUUGGGGAUAUUGCAUUGAAAACCCAACAUUUGAGAUUGAUACAAAAUAUUACUUUCAGUAGUUUGGGAGGGCCAGGGGUGAGUGAGAAGCCCCAAAGGAGUUCGUGACGUAAAUCGACACCUUGACUAAUGUGCAUUACAAAACAUCAGCACAAGCGGAGGAUCUUUCUUUUAGAGCGCGUGGCCGUGAAGGCGUGACAGGUUGGCAAUCGCUCGUCGGCGAGGUGGAAAAAUAAGGUUGAUUUUCAUUUUUAUAAAAGGUGCGCAGUACACGUAGGAAUCUGUUUGUGUGCAUUUAAGCUUAAAGUUCCAAUUCAGUUUGCAGUAACCUAUAGUAAGUAUGAUACUAGCGAUUUUCAUAAUUUAUAGCCUUGCUUUUAAGCUUAAUUGUCUCAUGUCCAGUGUUUACUUGUCUUUAAGCUUAAGCUAAAGUUAUGCCUUAUUGAGGUAAAAGAGAACUUUUAACUCAAAAUCCAGACGAGGCUAACAGUCGUUGUUUGGUUCGUUGGGUGAUUUCGCCUUCAAUUUUAUACGCUGAUUUAUAAACAUAGGUGUUCAGCUUAAACCCAAACGUUCUACUUGAAUCACGAACUCUUCAAACGACUCGCACAGUACGCAAUCUGCUGUCAAGAAUACUGCAGCUCUCAUUUGUUUUGAAGGCUCUUAAAAUUGUUCUCUGCAUGUCGUAACGGUACAAUAUAUUAUUUAUCGUUGUUUCUCUAAGGAUAAAUCAUGUCGAAGCAAAGAAAGGGAGACUUUAAUUCAUAACAGAAGGUUUGUUUUCAACAGAGUCUUCGAAUCCAAAAGAGAAUACGCCAAUUAAAUGUAUUAUUCAGUGACCGUCAUCCUCCCUUGGCUUUCAAAUAUUUUGCUGAAUCAUCUCACUAUUAUUAUAAUCUUCAGACUCAGGUGGCGUUCUUUACAUGAUAUCAAUUUUGAUUUUAGCUCACUUGUGAAAGUGUCCCACAUCGUUUAAAAAAUACAUUCACACGUAACUUUUCGUGGGUUUAUUAGUGAACUUUUUUCGAGUGCAUGGAAGGUUUGUUGUUAACCUAAAAAGUGUUGUAUACGUAUACGUUUGCAUGAUUAACUUGACCAAAUAUAAUUCCUAAUUUAUUUUGCUGUAAAAAUUAGUUUGCAGUACACUUGAACCUGUCAGGCAGAUGUCGCUGUUUUCCUGCGAUACUGAUGAAUACGAGGUUGUGAUAAUAGGUGAGCUGUACCUUAAAUAGUUUAUAAACCAUAUAGAACCAAAUUUUCCUGUUUGGCAGUGUCUACAAGAGGUCACAACCUGCCAUCCGUGCAUUUUGCAAUAUACGUGCAUGUAUGAUUAGGCAAUUGCUUAAUAAGUUUUUGUUGCAUGAAUGAUUCAGUACACCACUUUGCCAUGGGAAAUUAAAGGGUCUCAAAAGUUAUUUUUUGCAAGCCCAGGUAUGUCUAACCUUAUAUUUUAUUUCAUUUAAGUUCUCCACAUUCAUCUAUGAGCAAAAGAAAAACUCUUAUUAGAACUUAUUUCAGUUAGGAAAAUAAAUAUCACUUAAGCUCUUCCAUUGCCAAAUGUAAAUAAACCUAGCACUGAUUAUAUUCAAUUGAUAUAAAAAGCAUAAUUUUGUUUGAACUUUGGAAAUGGAAAAAUUUCCCAUAACAUGUGAAAUAUUAAAUUAUUAAGACUACUAAAAUAAUAUAUUCAUGCUGAAAAAUAUAUUAUUGAUACCCUGAAACCGCUUGAGAACAUACUGAUUUUUGCAGCAUGAUGAGCAGUUAAUUAUGAGGGUUUUACUUCUUACUGAUGUGGAUACUAAGCCUUUAUAACAGGGCUUUAACUCCCAGUUAUAAUAAUGUUGUUGUUUCUUUUUGCACACUGUAGUAGGGAAUAGAAUUUCUAAUCUAAGGAAACAGAACAGGUGAAGCUUUUACACCAAAAGCUUGUCAAGCAUACUUAAUACACCUGCCAAUGCAUUUCCACCAAAUCAUAAACGUAUAUGCAAGAAAAUAAAAGGUAGACUUCAAGCCAAGGACACCAACAUUCAUUGAUUUGGGUCUAUAAUCUAGUUUUCUGUGGUAUGAAGCUCUGUGAAGCAUUUUGCCUCCUGCUUAUCAAGGAUGCUUAAUUCCAACAUAGGGUUACCCCCCUGAAUUAUCGUGUUACUGGUACCCUUCUAUUGUACACCUUGGUGAGCAGACAGCUGUGUAAAGCAAAGUGUAUUCUUUUGUGGCCAAGUGUGGAUUCCCUUGCCAGGAUCUGACAUCCUGCAUAUUUAAACCUCUGCACGAUAUUCUCCUAAAAGAGUACAGAUUGUGUGCAUUUUCUUGGUGAAUCGCUUGAUGACAGAAAUCAUUUACCAAGGGUGUAUUUGUAUAUGGUUUUUUCUUUAAUAACAUUUUCUUUGGGCAAAUUAUUUUAACAGAGACUGGCUUGCAAAAAAAAAUUGAUGCAAAAGCUGGACAGGUGUUGUCAUAGUCUAAAAAAUCAUUCAAAUGGAGAAAAAUGUUGUCGUCCUUGUUAUAUCCAGGCUGCUAAAUAUAUAUAAUAAGGAAGGUAAAAGAGAGAUUGAAGGGUAUGGUUAAUAUUUGAGGGAGGGACUUAUUUACUAGUUUCAUGACUUUGCCACCUGUUUCAGGGGAGGUGGCUUGUAAGGAACGAUGUGUAGGCGCAGUCUUCCCAUUUUAUGAAAAUUACGCACAAUGUACGGAUAUUACUGCUCAAAAAAUAAGUCUGGAUUUUUGAACUAUUAUUAACAAUUUUGAAUUGUUAUUGCAGGAAAUGGCCCGAAUGCACUGAGUUUGUCUUAUGUACUAUCUGGAAAUGUGCCGUACUACAUCCCACACCAGCAUCCAAACACCCUUCUAGACCAGAAACUCUGUGAGGAACGUGGGAAAUCAUUGCUGGACAAUGUAAGUACAAACUUGUUAAUCUUAACCAAAAGAUAAUACAGUGAAACUGGUUUUAGGCAGACACCCUGUAUUAAGCAGAUGAAUAUCUCUGUGUGUUUUAAACGUUUCUUCCCAUACUUUAAGUACGGUCAACACCCAAUAACUUGAACCUUCAAGGGAAAUCGAAGCUGAUAACUUGAUUACUUUUCUCCUCUCCACCAUUUUCAGGAUUUGGAGUAUUUGAGCGAGGGCUUGGAAGGACGCUCUUUCAACCCUGUUGCAUUAUUGUUUGAUCAGUUGUUACGCCCCGAAGCUGACCUUGGUAAAGACCAGGGAUCAUGUCUCAAGUGGCAUCACCAUCCAAGUAAAGCUGUUAAGCACCUUGUCCUUGGGAGUGGUCCACCAGGGGGAUGCUGGCACAACAUGCAGGGCUCUCAGCUUACUUUAAGUCUUAACAACUGGCUUGAGUUACCAGGGUGUGACUUCCAAGACUGGCUAAGGGACCACAGAUCUUCUACAGUGAGAAAGCCAUGCAACCUUGUGACCAACGGGGUAAAAAGUGAUGGAUACAACUAUGAUCGCGCUACAACGAGCCAUAUCGCUGAGUAUUACAAGGACUAUGUCGAAAAUACCAACAUUGAAGGAAACUUUUGGAGUGAUUCAGAGGUGUUGUCUGUCAAGCGCGUGCUUCAAGCGGAUUGUACCAAUUGCCACUGUCGAACAACUGAUGUUCAAAGAGAUGGUUGUUGGGAGAUCAGAGGUGUAAGGACUACUGACAAUGGAGGUUGUGAACCUUUCAUUGUCCAUGCGUACAAUGUUGUUCUUGCUACUGGAAACCGAUUCCCUAAAGUUCUUGGUAUUCCGGGAGAAAAAUUGCCAUUUGUUUACCACAAGAUGGAUCUGAUUGACAGAUAUUUAAAUGAGCUUGAUUCUCCACUGUCAAUGGAUCCUUGUCUAGUUGUUGGCGCAGGCUUGUCAGCAGCAGACUGUGUACUAGCUCUGCGAAACAAAGGCAUUCCUGUUAUACAUGUGGUCCGCAAGAAUGCAAACGAUCCCAAAAUCAUUUACAAUCAACUCCCAGGUGUGGUUUAUCCAGAGUAUUAUAAAGUUGGCCAGAUGAUCAAGGGAGAUGUAACAACGGCAUAUGGCAAAGAUGCUAUGUACACCCCCUUCACCAAAACCACCUUGGUAGAAAUUCGUAAGAACAAAGAGUGCAUCUUAAAAAAGGCUGAUGGAUCUCUGUUUAAGCAAAAGGUCUCAAAUGUUUUUGUCCUGAUUGGUGCUAAACCUGAUCUGUCCUUCUUAAGUGGAGUCAAAUCACUUGGAGCUAAGCCCGUGAAACCAGUCGACAGCAAAGAGAAUCCUAUUGACAUCAAUCCAUUUACUUACGAGUCUGUGAAUGAACCUGCUUUGUUUGCAGUGGGGCCACUUAUCGGGGACAAUUUUGUUCGGUUUGGUAUGGGUGGGGCGUUAGGUAUAGCAAGUCAUUUUAUGAGAGAAGAAGAAUAAAUUAAUAUAAAUAUUCAAAUAAUGGACUAAACUAUUUAUACUAAAUGUGUAAGAAAAUAUUGCACUGCUAAACCAAAAAAGACUAGGAAUGUUGCACUUAAGUAGUUUGAAUAGGUAGAACAUUUUUUAAUUUUUUACUUUGUAUAAUUGAAUCAUUGUGAUGUUAGAAUAUUAAAAACGUUUCCACCUAGCAAUGUAACUACACAUUUACCAUAACAUUAUUUAAAAACCAUUGAACUUUCUCUAGCACAGUUUAUUCCCUACAUUUGAGAACACGAGGAAUAAGGUUUCUUUUUGUAUUUUUUGUUAGUUGAGCAUUUUUUUUUCUUGUCAAUAUCAGAAUAUAAUAUUAAUAGGAUAUUUUUGUCUCGUCUGGUUCAUGUGGUUCAAUCUUUAUCUUCAUAU